CCCGGUCACUAGGAGUGCCGCUUUUGGAUGAGCAUUUUCUUGUUUGCCUUUAUACAGCUCGUUGAGUGCGGUCUCAGUGCCAGCAUCGAUUUGUGUUGGUAAAUAGAYGGCUACAAAUAAUAUAGAUGAGAACUCUUGGUAGGUAGUGUGGUCUACAGCUUAUGAGGUAUUCUACCUCAGGCAAGUAAUACCUCGAGACUUUGUUAAUGUUAGACAUCACACACCAGCAGAUAGACACACCCCCGCCCCUCAUAUUACCAGGCGUAGCUGCUCUGUCCUGGCGAUGCACGGAGAAGCCAGCCAGCUUUAUAUUAUGCAUGUCGUCAUUCAGCCACGUCUCGGUGAAACUUAAGAUACAGUUAAUGUCCCGAUGGUAGGAUAGUCUUAAUCAUAGAUCGUCCAGUUUGUUUUCAAAUGAUUGCACAUUGGCCAAUAAUACGGAGGGUAGUGGUGGUUUACCUACUCUCGGCAAAUUCUUACAAGACACCCCACCCUCCCCCUUUUCCUCAAUCUUUUCUUCACGUGGUCGACAAGAUUUAGGCCUUGUCGACAAAGCAGUUAAUUCUUCGKGUCGGACACAUUGAAGAAAAAAUCUUUCUCCAGGUCGAGGUGAGUAAACGCUGUUCUGAUGUCCAGAAGCUCUUUUCGGUCAUAGACGGUAGCAGCAACAUUAUGUACAAAAUUAGUUGCGAAAAAAACUAACAAAAUAACAGUUGGUUAGGAGCCUGUAAAAACAGCAGCCAUCCCCUCUGGCACCAUUAUCACUUUUACCAGUAUUUACCUGUAAUAAUGGAUUUAAUGCUUUUGACCAAUUUACCAUUUUGUAGUCUUCUGGAUAGUUUACCUGAAGGUGUGAGAGCUGGGGGAGCAGAAGGCCAGCUGUGAGGGCCUAGUGAGGCAGGGCCGGCAGGCUGUGUAACAGUACUUCCAUGGGCUGGAGCUUGUGCUUGCCAGGAAUAGAGGCUUUCAUGGGGGCCCUGGACACCGCACACGUGGAGGUGUUUCUGGCCUAUGACCCACUCAUUGAGGCUGGAGCUGCAGGAGGAGCAGCUGGACCUGUUGUCUCUGGGCUCGGCCGUGGAGGACGAAGACUCUCCCCUGGUCUUACUGGAUAAGUUCUACCUGUUCUGGGAGGUGGAGGCGCUGGUAAAUCCAACCCUGCCCAAAUCCCUCUCCAUCACCCUUGUGCUGCUGAGCACCAUCGAAGGGCUGGUGGAAGAGCCGGUGCCUUGGUUCUUCUGCUGUGCCAAGCCCACCAUUCUGAUGACGGUUCUUAGGCCAGAGGCAGGGAGUCACCCUGGAGGCUGGGCCCAUGAUCUGUUGCUGCAGCUCCAGCCCACUCCCCCUGUGGUGCUCCUGCUGGCUGUGUGGGUGAAUCCUGUUGGGGGAGCAUCUCUGGGCUUCUCCCUGCUGUCCAAGCUCAGUCAGAUGGUACACGGCCUAAGUAGCAAACUGAUCGCCUCACUAUGGAAGACAGCAGGCUUCCUGUAUGCACAGACAGUGGAGGUGCAGCUCUUCUCCACACUGGGGGAGAACACCUACCAACAGCUGGCAUCCUUCAAGCUCAUGACAGAAAGACAGGUCUUCACUUCAGGAAGGACCCAAGCACCUGGUGAUGUAAGGUUACACUCCUUUGGUAUAGAAUUAAUGCUAAUUGUGCCUAGUGAUUAGAGCUUUCCUGAUGCAGCAGGAUACAGUUGACAGAAAACACAGGCGUUACUUCUGGAACUAACCCUGACCCCAGCUAAAGCUCAAAGGAAGAUACUGCCUCAUGUACCACAAAGUGAAAACCAAACUUUUCAAUCCCAAAAUGCAUUCAGCAGAUUGGAAGCUGUUAUAUUUCACCAUAAGCAUUAAAAGUACAGCUUUUUCAAAGACAUUCUAUAACUCUACAUGUAGUAUACUGUAAUAAAUAAUACUAUAGGACUGACAUUUAACUCCAGCUAUUUAACAGUCACCAGAAAAGCCUUCUGUUAAAUCAAGUCAACUACAAUGUGUACAUCAAAAUAUUUCUUACAAUAAUCUCGUGAUACCUCAAUUAAAUGGCAAGACAGGAUGAGUGGUUUGUGUGUUGCUCCAGAGAUAUCCCAAUUGUAGUGCACUUACAGUUGAAGUCAGAAGUUUACAUACACCUUAGCCAAAUACAUUUAAACUCAGUUAUUCACAAUUCCUGACA